CGCCCGUGGCCACCUCCUUUCCUCUUUCCAUUUCCGUUCCUCCGCUCCCGAUCCCUAAACCCUACCUACCCCAAACCCGCGGCGGCGGCGGCGCGACUGUUGGGUUUCCUUGGUCAUGGGCUGCUUCCUCUCCUGCUUCCGGGGCGGCUCCAACCCGUCGGGCGAUCUCCGCGACCCGCUCGUGAGGGAGAGCCGCAUCGGGGACGCCUUUGUCAACGACGAGAAGAAGCUUGAUGAAGCGACUGGAAAGCUGGAUGUCGAGGCGGCUACUGACCACGGAGUCGACGACGAGCUUCGGAGAGAGGCAAAUUAUCUCAAAUCAUGUGGCACAAUAUCACAGACCCCACCGGAAAUUCUAGAUUCAAUCCCAAUCAACUCAGAAGAUGCUAACGAGUGCGGCGAUACACCGACCAACGUGCAGCAGACGAAACAUGUAGUGGUAGUUGAAGAGAACUCAUCUGAACUGCUCAACUCCGAUGAUCACGAUGUACUACAUAAGCAGGACACUGAUGAAGGGAGGACUCUCAGGACGGGAUCAGAGACUCAACCAUCCUUAGAAGAAGUUAAGCCUUCGUGCCACCAGAACGUGGUGAGAGACCAAAGCACCGACUCCAGUGACUCGCCCUAUCCAACCCCUCUGGUGCUCAGGGGUGACAUCCAGACUCCUGGCACCGUAUACGCCGCCGCUCACAAGGAGGCUUGGAAGCCUGGGAAGCGCGCGAGGGCGUUCAUCUACCCUGUCCUGCGCCCCAUCGAGAACAAGAUGCAGUGGAUGGAACUGAAAGCCGCCGAGUCUCCUACUGUGCUAUCACCCAACCCUCCAAAAAGAAGGAACCUGAGCGCAGCAGGUUCCGGCGACAAGGCUCACCAGCCGCCUACACGUUCAGCGUUCGCCGGAUCUUCAGAGCACGGAUCCUUCCCAAAUACUUACAGCCGUGCAGCGCAGGACGGAGUGAUGUCGCCCGAUGAACCCAAGUGCCAGAACGGCUUGGAACAGCAGGACGGACGCGAAGAGCUAUCGACGCGAAGUUCUGGACGCGGGAAGCGUGGUGUCGCAAGCCUGUCUCAUUGGCUGAAGCCAUCGUCAUCGUCCGCGGAUGACGGCAGCCCCGACGACGGCAGCAGCAAUUUUGUUGGAACGGAGGAGGAGAAGACACGGUGUGGGGCGAACGUCUCUGAUGUGCCCUUCUUUCCUGCGUUCGGGUUGGACUGGGAGGGGGAGACCGACAAGCCUACUCCUGUGCUGCCCAAGGCGUGGGACGGCAACGGCAUCCCGAACACCACAACCAAAUACAAGGAGGACCAGAAGGUAAGCUGGCACGCGACGCCGUUCGAGGAGAGGCUGCUGAAGGUUCUGUCUGACGAGAAGCCUCGGCAUGAAAGGAGGAUCAGCGGGAAGCUUAUCCACCUCGACGAAAACGCCGAGUAGAGGGGCCUUUUGCGCCGUCCUCUGCAUCAAGAACCGUCUAAAGAAUGGUCCAGGUGGUGGUGGCCGCCAGCCCACCAUAUGAACUCCGUUUUUCAGCCGCAUGUCACCUGUAGAUAGAGUUUCUUUCGCUGAGUUAUGCUCUGCACUCUGCAGUGCUGCGUGGAAUGUUACAAGCAUAUGUGAUGACGUGUCAAUAAAAGGACAAACAUGCCAGUCUCAUAGUCUGGUUUCAUGAGAAACAUGAACAUCCUCAUAUAUUAAAAAAAACCUGUGCGGUGGUUUUCGUGGCCUCGUCGGUCUUUUUAUGUAUUGAGACCGUUCUCUCUGAACCGCUAAACAUAACAUC